AUGGCUCCUCCAUUGGAAAAGCUGCCGCCGUUGAUAGAUUCGUCGUUUGUCAAAAUUGGCCCUUCGAUCUGGCUUCGUGAUUUCCCCAAUCCGAGUGACAGAGCAGAAAGCGAUGAAGUCGCCCAGUUGGCCGUCACGGCUUCAUCUCGCCUUACCAUCGUUAUUCUUUUCUGGAUGGAUGCUCGUCUCCGCUAUGCAAACAAAUACAUCUCGGAAUAUACCAAGCUCGCCCCAAAUGCGCGGAUAUUGUUUGUCCUCACCUCCUCUGCUGAUUUAUUCCUGAAAACCUCUGAAGCCGCUCAAACACGGCGGGUACAACCAGCUGUGGAUGUCUUGCUGUUCUCUGCAGCCCCUGCAACGUCCCCUGGGCUGUCUUCCAACGACCAGCUAUAUCUUCACCUGUUCUCGAACGGCGGAUCAGUUACUCUCCGAAGCAUCGCCCUCGCUUAUCAAAAAGUAACAAAAAAGCCGCUUCCUCUAAAUUCACUUAUAAUGGACAGCUGCCCUGGAAAGUCUACAUUCUCUGGAGCCUAUAGGGCAGUAUCAUAUGGACUUCCAAAGUCUUCACUCCCUCGCUUCUUUGCAGGAAUGGCGGUCUGGGUUGCAUUACUAUUGGCAUUUACCUACUACCGUGUGUUCAGGCGGGAGUUUCCUGCCGAACUGGCUUGGAAAGCGUCGAUUGACCCUGAACUGAUCGAUAGCCGGGUGAAACGAUGUUACAUUUAUUCAGAACUGGAUGACUUGAUUUCUUGGAAAGGCGUCGAGGAACAUUCAUAUGAAGCAGAGAGCAAAGGCUACCGCGUUAUAAGAGAGAAAUUUCACGGGUCGCCUCACGUCGGUCAUAUGAGACAUGACUAUCGUCGCUACUGGGGUAUUGUGACCUAUUAUUUGAAGAUUGCAGUGGAGUAA